CAGGGGAGUAGACAGCUCGGCGGCGGCGGAGGGAGUCUAUGCGCGCUGGACAGCAGUGGGAGGUGUGUGAGGCUCGCACCGGCCGCAGACCCUCGGGCGCAACGGCCGGGGAGCAAGGACUGGGCGACCGGGCUGCUGGGCUACCCAGCCGACGCUUCAGAGGCGCAGACUGAUGGGACUGGCUCACUCGGCAGCGUCUCGCCGCUCUUCUAAGUACACUGAGCGGGGGCCCGCGCUCAAGUAGAAGCUGUCGAGGGGCGCGCAGCCCGGAGUCCCAGUGUGGCCCGGAGGAACGGAGCCCGUGCCAGGGCGACCCGGUCGGGAGCCUGGGGACCGAGCUCGUGUUGUGGGGAGACCCCCCUUUCUUCCUUGGUGCACCGAUCCCAGGACGAUCGAGGCAUCGCAGCGGCUACCGAGUCCUCGGCGGGGAGACGCUGUCGGAGAGAGGGCGCACAGUCCCGAACAGUCUUGGGGAGCCGAGUGGAGUCGGGCGGGAUCACCCGGGGGCGCAGAGCCCCCGUCGCGCCUCGUGCGGCCGAGAGGCCAACAGAGCCAGCCCUCAGAGGCCGCAGCCCAUGCCCGGGUUGGGGACGGCUGCCCAGUGAGUCCUCCUGGCCGGCGGGGAGGAGAAGAGCGACGCCGAAGCCGGCGGGAGGGGAGCACUUCAAGGCCGGCGGCUGCAGAGGAUGGGCGCCUGAGCGGUGCGGAGCGCAGCGCGGCCCGGGAAGGCGAGGCGAGCGUUGCUAAGCAGGCGCCUGCGGAGUCCGAAGUGCAGCCUGCCCCCAGGAAGAUGGCCCGGCCUGGGCAGCGUUGGCUCGGCAAGUGGCUUGUGGCGAUGGUCGUAUUGGCGCUGUGCCGGCUCGCCACGCCGCUGGCCAAGAACCUGGAGCCCGUGUCCUGGAGCUCCCUCAACCCUAAGUUCCUGAGCGGGAAGGGCUUGGUGAUCUACCCGAAGAUUGGCGACAAGCUGGACAUCAUCUGUCCCCGAGCAGAAGCAGGGCGGCCCUAUGAGUACUAUAAGCUAUACCUGGUACGGCCUGAGCAGGCAGCCGCCUGUAGCACCGUGCUGGACCCCAACGUUCUGGUCACGUGCAACCGGCCAGAGCAGGAAAUCCGCUUCACCAUCAAGUUCCAGGAGUUCAGCCCCAACUACAUGGGCCUGGAGUUCAAGAAGCACCACGAUUACUACAUUACCUCAACAUCCAAUGGCAGCCUCGAGGGGCUGGAGAACCGCGAGGGAGGUGUGUGCCGUACCCGCACCAUGAAGAUCGUCAUGAAGGUUGGGCAAGAUCCCAAUGCUGUGACACCUGAGCAGCUGACCACCAGCCGGCCCAGCAAGGAGGCAGACAACACUGUCAAGACAGCCACCCAUGCUCCUGGUCGGGGCCGCCUGGGUGACUCUGACGGCAAACACGAGACUGUGAACCAGGAAGAGAAGAGCGGCCCGGGAGCAAGUGGGGGCGGCGGCGGCGGCGGCAGCGACCCCGACAGCUUCUUCAACUCCAAGGUGGCACUGUUCGCAGCCGUCGGAGCGGGCUGCGUCAUCUUCCUGCUCAUCAUCAUCUUCCUGACGGUUCUGCUACUGAAGCUACGCAAGCGGCACCGCAAGCACACGCAGCAGCGGGCGGCUGCGCUCUCGCUCAGCACCCUGGCCAGCCCCAAGGGGGGCAGCGGCACGGCGGGCACGGAACCCAGCGACAUCAUCAUCCCCUUACGGACUACAGAGAACAACUACUGUCCCCACUAUGAGAAGGUGAGUGGGGACUACGGGCACCCCGUCUACAUCGUCCAGGAGAUGCCUCCGCAGAGUCCGGCGAACAUCUACUACAAGGUCUGAGACGGCCCUUGCGGCCUUGGAGCCCGGAGGGACAGUCGGCCUGGACGGGACCUCUCCCUUCUCUCCCGCGGCCCCUCCCCUUGCCAGCUGUGCCCACGUUUGUAUUUAGUUUUGUAGUUUCUUGGCUUUUGUAAUCUCCCACUCCCUUUUUUUCCCCCUGCCCCCUGGGCUUCGGAGGGGGGUGCUUGUGCCCCCAAUCCCCAUGCUCUCGUGCCUUCCCCCUCUGGCCAGGCCUCUGGGCUCUGUGGGGGCGCCCCUUCUUGGAGGCAGGGACGGACGCUGACGGACAGCAGGCAGGGAGGCGGCCCCCUGGUCCUGCCCCUCCCUCGCUCCCUUCCCCCCCCUCCCCAGGACUGCUCGUCCACUAUCAUCACUGUUUUUAAUGCUUUUGUGUUCAUUUUUUUUUAGCUGUCAACUCAUUUUCAUCUGUUUUUUUUAUUUUUUAUGAAGAAAAAUGGAAAAAUGGAAAAGGCAGCCCCUCCCCAGGCUUUCUGAGCCUGGCCUGACCCAGUAUAAGAAGGCCUGGGGCAGGAGCUAGCCAGCCAGGAAGCAUAGGAUGGCAUUUCUUUUAUAGACUUCUUGGUCUUUCAGUGUUGGGGGUGGAGGGCAGGCCGGGGCUGUUGAUGCCCGUGAAGGAAGAGGAGCGUGCCAUUGGGCAAGGUGUCCCAUCCUCCCCUCCUGAACCUCCUUCUACAAAGCUGAUCCUGGCAAUAGGGUACUGGCUGCCACCCUUCCACCUAAAAAAAAAAAAAGAGAUCCCUUCCUUGUGAGAUUCUUGGGCAUCUCCUGCCUCCCUCACUCUCACGGUAAUUAAUGUCUUAAUUGGCUGUUGCCCGGGGAACAGGAGAGCUGCUACAGGCAGAUGACCUCAUGGGGGGUGGAGGGAGGUGAGGUGCCCAGGUGGCUAUUUGCCCUGCAGAGCUAGGAGUUUCCCCCCACCCCACCCCCACCCCCCGCCCUGUUCUCUCCAUACCUUGGCAUCGUUUGGUCUGGUGGGGAAACAGAGGCCCAGGGUGGAGACGUAAGCGGGUAUAAGGCCAGGUGGCCUGCUCCUUUUCUGGGCUUCAGCACAGGUGGAUGCUCCCCCACCCCACUCGGCCCCCGCUGGCUGGCCCCCUAGUCUCGCAUUGGGGCCUGGAAAGAGGCAGAGGCUGCCUGGGAUUGGGUCAGCCCGCCGUGCACUUUGACCCCGGCUCCUUGCCAGCAGGGCUGCUAACAGACUGCCACUUGAAAGCGCCUUGCGGGCACUCCCAGAGCGGCCACGGAAGGAGCUGGGCCUUAUGCCAUCCACCUCCACACUGCCUCCUGGCUGGGUGCCCACCCCGGUGCCAGGUGGGAGAGGGAGCAGAACAGCCAGCCCCUUCCAGGUGGCAGCUGGAAGGGUUGUUUUUUGUUUUUUUUUGUUUUUGUUUUUUUGUUUUUGUUUUUGUUUCUGUUGCCAUUUGUGUAAAUACUAGUCUUUUUGGAAAAAAAAUAAUGUAAAGAUGUUUUGUAUAAACUCUGAAUUAUUUU